AUGCAUUGGCAUGACCGCCAUCACACCAUGCUGGCCAACCCGUACGACCCGUCCAGGGACCUGAGCCCCAACCUGCCGACCACGUCGUGCCGCGGCCAGGAUACGACCAACGUAUUCGGCGUGGUCGGCGUGGUCGGCGGCGGCGUGCACGGGCAAUGUUGCGCGUUCAAGUCAGAGUUCGACGACGACUGCACCACUGCAGACUGCUGCAGUAAGGUGUCUCCGCCACCGCCACCGCCUCCGAUUUCCAUCAUGGGACGCGAUGACUACCGCGGCGGCCCGCUGCAGGCGGUCCCGUGCAAGCAGGAACGCGACGCCGGCCACGGUUUGGGAUCGUCACCCGCCGGACACCAUAAUCACAAUCACCAGCUACUGCACCACCAUCACCACCACCAUCUCGGCGGUGGCUACGGGUCACCGCCGGAACCGUCGUCGUCGUCGCCUCCCCCGCCGUCCGGCCUCGUGACGUCUUACGGCGGUGGUGGCGCUUACGAGUCGUCACCGCCGGCCGCGGACAUGAUGGUCCGGCCCAAACGGGAACAGGUCGAGGUGAACCUGUGCGACGGGUGUGGUCUGAAAAUCCUCGACCGUUACUAUCUGUUCGCGGUGGACAAGAGAUGGCACGCCUCGUGUCUGCAGUGUUCGCAGUGCGCCCGGACCCUGGCAUCCGAAAUCAAAUGUUUCUACCGCGACGGCAACAUAUACUGCAAGGCCGACUACCAAAGGUUGUACGGUAUACGGCGGUGCGGCCGGUGUCAAGCGGGAAUUUCGCCGUCGGAGCUGGUGAUGCGCGCCCGGGACACGGUGUUCCACGUGCCGUGUUUCAGUUGCACCGUGUGCUUGGCGGUGCUGACCAAGGGCGAUCAGUUCGGCAUGCGCGACGGCGCGGUGUUUUGCCAGCACCAUUACCAGCAGUUCGGGCCGUCGUCCGCGUCGCUGCAGGCCCAGCAACAGCAGCAGUCUCCGCUGCCGAGGACCAUCAUGCCGCCGUCGAUGACGCCCGUACAGUCGCCGUACCCGUCGUCCCGGGCGCUCGAGUCGCCCGCGCCAAGCAUCGGCUCGUUUUUCAACGGUGGUGCCGCGGCGACCGGUGGCGGCGGCGCGCCCGCUGUCCCCGCACCCACCCAACCCCGACAGAAGGGCCGUCCCAGGAAGCGCAAACCCAAAGACUUGGACGCCAUGGCCGUCAAUAUGGACAUGAACUCGAGCGAUUCGUACAACAUGGAAAUGGCGUUCGGCCCGGCUGGCUUGUCCGGCGGCGGUAACGGUGGGUCCGGUCACCAGCGGACGAAACGCAUGCGCACGUCGUUCAAGCACCACCAAUUGCGCACCAUGAAGUCGUACUUCCAUCACAACCACAACCCCGACGCCAAGGAUCUCAAACAACUCUCGCAAAAGACCGGCCUUCCCAAACGGGUGCUACAGGUUUGGUUCCAAAACGCUCGAGCAAAGUACAGGCGGACGGCCACCAAACAAGACGGCGGUCUGGGAUCGUUGGCGCCGCCGUCCAUAAAACCCGACAAAAGCUGUUCGGAAAGCUCUACGGGCUCGACCGGCAUCGAAGCGGUUAUGUUCCACCAGCAGCAACAGCAGCAACAACACCACGCUAUGCAGAUGAGCCCCAGGAGCUAUUUGAGCACAUCGUCGCCGAUGGAAUGCGGCUCGUAG